GGUUCCGGUGGUGUCCGAAGUGAAACCGGAGUUUUUAUUUUUAAGUCUUUUUCGAUUCAGACGUGAAGUCUGCGUCACGCUGUGCGCCUGCGCCGCUCCGCUCUCAGAUGUCGUCUGGACUGGUGGCGCCCCCUGGAGGAGGAGGAGAGCUCUGCGAGUGGAGGAGGGAGGUGGGCUGUCAGUGGGAGUGUCCCCAGCAGGACACCAGGGAGGUGGGCUGUCAGAGCGACUCGGCGCCGAGGAGAGACGCUGGCGUCCAGGUGGACCUGAUGAGACAUUUAGCCUCGCCGGCGGCGUCGCCUGCGAUGCUGCUGCAGUGUUUCUCCGUCCGCUCUGACGGAGCCCACGGGGGGGCUCUGCUGCAGCACUGCACCUCCACCCGCACCAGAACCAUCCGACCCGCCAUCAGGCUUUCCCCGAACCUCACAGAGUCUAGGACCCAGAGGAGACCUCCGAGCGCUGACACCACCAAACCAAACCCGCCUCCACGCCGGCGCCGGCGCCGCCGCCGUGAGUCACCUGACUCUGACCCGGAGGAGGAGGUGGAGGACACAGCUGAUCCCAACUGGACUCCACCUGCAGAUGGCGGAGCUCCUUCUCCGCCGGCCCCCGGGGGCGGGGGGGCGGACCCUGGGUCCCGGCACGUGAAGCUGGAGCUGGAGAGCAUCAUGUGUGACGUGUGUGGCAAAGUGAUGAAGAACAAGUCGAGUCUGGCUCGUCACUCCUUCAUCCACACGGGGAAGAAGCCGUUCGCCUGCCAGCUGUGCGACCUGCGCUUCAACCGCCGCGACAACCUGCAGCACCACCUGACCCGGCUCCACCCCAACGGCGUCAGCAAGCUGGAGAAGCAGCGCGAGGUGACGGCCUGGCUCUGCGCCGUCUGCGGGAAAACCUUCAACUGCCGGUCCCGGCUGAAGGCGCACGAGGUCGUGCACUCGGGGGUCAAACCUCACCGCUGCGACCUCUGCCCCAAAGCCUACAUGAGGACCAACGACCUGGAGCACCACAAGAAGAGCGUCCACGUGCCGGGCGCCUUCGAGCCGCCGCGGCCCAGCUCGCUGCUCUGUGACUUGUGCGGUAAAGAGUUCAAGUGCAGGUCGCAGCUCGUCAUCCACUUCCAGACGCACACCGGCGAGCGGCCGCAUCUCUGCGACACCUGCGGACGCAAGUUUGCCCGACAGCACCAGCUGAAACGCCACAAGAUCCUGAUCCACGCCAAGCAGCGGAGAGGGGAGGAGAACUCGCCGUGCGAGCUGCCGUUCGCCUGCAGCGUCUGCGGGAAGCGGUUAAAGUCCAAAGCACUCCUCGCUGCUCACGGCCACACCCACACCAGCGAGAAGCCGCACCGCUGCGGCGUCUGUCUGCGCAGCUUCCAGCGCGCCACCUGCCUGAAGCAGCAUCACCUGCGCGUCCACCUGAAGGUCCGAGUGAACAAUGCACCGCACGCCGCCAGGUACAGGAAGUGCACGGCACAGGCCAAGAUGUUCCCGUGUCCCAUCUGCAGCAAAGUGUUCAAGUUCAAGUCUCUGCUGUCGAGUCACUCGUUGAUCCACAGCGAGCUCCGCCCCUUCGCCUGCGACUUCUGCAGCCGCAGCUUCAGACGCCUCAGCCACCUGAAGAGACACCGGGAGGUCGUCCACGCCAACGGAGCGCGCCCGCCGCAGAGCUUCAUCUGCCACAUCUGUGGCAAAGACAAGAAGUGCCGCUCGCAGCUGGACCGACACGUGAUCAUCCACACGGGCGAGCGGCCGUUCGCCUGCGGCCUCUGCAGCGCUCGCUUCAACCGCAGCGGCAACCUGCAGCAGCACAGGAAGCGCAUGCACGGCGUGGGGAAGCCACCGCCUUCUGAGGAAGCCCCGCCCAUCCUGUUUGACGAUGACAUGACGUGCAAACAGGAAGAGACGGUGGUGGCCGUGGACGCGGCGGCCGAGCGCUUUGAGGUGGCGUUGAUGGAGGAGAUGGAGACGGAGGUCGUUCAGGAGCUCGUUGCUUCCUGACGUUCACAGGAAGUGACCUCGUUCAGAGGAAGUGACUUUGUGUUGAUAGUAAACUCUGUCGUGACUCUUUGAUGAACCUGACCCUAACCCUAACGAUCUGAGGAUCAGUGAUCGAUCAGUUAUGGAUGAUUCAGAAUUAAACGUGAUUAAAACUCUUCUUUGUUUCAAAGCUUUUAGCCUCAAGAAAUAAAUCACAAAACAAACUGA